CACUAAGUGGCGCAUUACCGGAAAACGUACCAAAACGUCGUUGUUGUUGUGCUGGGGUCUUUCCGCUUCGUACAGCGAGGAGCUAAUGCUACAUUCAAUGUGCUGCUAAACCUUUUUAUCAUAAAAAUACUUCCAUUUAGUGAAUGUGCAGACAUCUCUUAAAGCGGGAACACACACUCUGACGGGCAGCAUGUCGCUGUACGAUGACCUCGGCGUGGGUGCCAGUGACACCAAGACUGAGGGCUGGUCCAAGAACUUCAAGCUGCUGCAGUCCCAGCUGAAGGUGAAGAAGGCGGCUCUGACCCAGGCCAAGACCCAGCGGAUGAAGCAGACCACUGUGUUGGCGCCGGUCAUUGAUCUAAAGAGAGGAGGCUCCAGUGAUGAGAGGCAGAUCGCAGACACUCCUCCACACGCUGCUGCCGGACUCAAGGAUGCUGUGCCAAGCGGGUUCUCCUCCGGCGAUGUGCUGAUCCCGUUGGCAGACGAGUACGAUCCGAUGUUCCCCAACGACUAUGAGAAGGUGGUGAAGAGACACCGAGAAGAGCGACAGCGCCAGAGGGAGCAGGAGCGGCAGAAGGAGAUCGAGGAGAGGGAAAAGAAGAGAAAAGACAGGCACGAUGCCGGAGCUCCGAGCGGUUUCUCACGUUUCCCCACGACAGAGGGCGAGUCGGACGAGGAGGAGGACUACGAGAAAGAGCGGAGGAAACGGAGUAUGGGUGGAGCGGCUAUCGCACCUCCGUCUUCGCUUGUGGACAGCUCGUCUUCGUUCUCCUACGAGGAUGAAGGUCGUCCUUCUCGAGGCUCUAAGGCCGCCAUUCCUCCACCUAUGUAUGAGGACUCAGACCGACCACGUUCACCACCCGGACCAACCAGCUCCUUCCUGGCCAACAUGGGUGGUACGGUGGCCCAUAAGAUCAUGCAGAAGUACGGCUUCAAAGAAGGCCAGGGCCUGGGGAAGCACGAGCAGGGCCUCAGCACGGCGCUGUCUGUGGAGAAGACCAGCAAGAGAGGCGGAAAGAUCAUCAUCGGCGACGCGGCAGAAAAACCAGGGUCCAGCCAGUCAGCUGCUGCUGAGACUUCAGCCGGAGGCUUUGCAGCGGACUCUACCAAAAAGUCGGAGGCCAACCCGCUCACAGAGAUCCUCAAAAACCCGACCAAGGUGGUCCUACUGAGGAACAUGGUGGGCCCAGGCGAGGUGGAUGAGGACCUGGAAGGGGAGACGAAAGAAGAGUGCGAGAAAUACGGCAAAGUGGUUAAAUGUGUCAUCUUUGAGAUCGCGGAGGUGUUGGAUGAUGAAGCCGUCAGAAUAUUUCUGGAGUUUGAGAGGGUGGAGUCCGCCAUCAAAGCCGUGGUGGAUCUGAACGGACGUUAUUUCGGCGGGCGAGUCGUCAAGGCCUGCUUCUACAAUCUAGACAAGUUUCGGGUUUUGGACCUCGGCGAGCAGGUCUGAUGUCUCCAGAUGCUGUGAACACCUCCUCACCUGUACAUAAUAAACCUUUUUUUUUUUAUAUAUUUCCUGAAGCAGUGAAGGGUCUGUAUGUAGUCAUGAGUCCAUCUUGUCGAUUAUUGGUUGUUCACCUUGUUACCUUCAUGUCAAAACAAAAUAAACGGUCUAAACUA